AUGCAAGGAAUUCGCAGUGCUUGUCGGCGAGCGGGUGGAGUAGCUCAAGCUGUUUUGAAUAAACGUUCAACAAAUAUUGGCUCGAGAUGGUCAAAAUUAGCAAUUCCAACAGCCAAUUUUCACAUUGUCGGAAGACAAAAUGCACCACCAACAGCCUCUGCGCAAACAAAUCCCUUAUCAUCGAAACAAACUCAAACCCCGAGUACUACUCUUCCUCCCAAACCAAAAGAACCUGUACAAAAUAAAGGAGCUACAGGACGAGUUGUGUCUGUUAUCGGAGCCGUUGUCGAUGUACAAUUUGAUGAUAAUUUACCACCGAUUCUCAAUGCAUUACAUGUUGAAGGACGUCAACCAAAGCUUAUUCUUGAAGUAUCGCAACAUUUAGGUGAUAAUACUGUUAGAACAAUUGCUAUGGAUGGUACAGAAGGUCUAGUUCGCGGUCAGCGUGUCACUGAUGUUGGUUCACCGAUUAAAAUUCCAGUUGGAGCUGCAACUUUGGGAAGAAUCAUCAAUGUUAUUGGAGAUCCAAUUGAUGAAAGAGGACCUGUUGAAGCUGAAGAUUAUGCAGCAAUUCAUGCUGACGCACCACCAUUUACAGACAUGAAUGUCGAACAACAGAUUCUUGAAACUGGUAUUAAAGUCGUCGAUUUAUUAGCACCGUACGCCAAAGGAGGAAAAAUCGGUUUGUUCGGUGGUGCUGGAGUAGGAAAAACUGUACUUGUCAUGGAAUUAAUUUAUAACGUUGCCACCUCGCAUGGUGGUUACUCGGUAUUUGCCGGUGUUGGUGAACGCACGCGUGAAGGAAAUGACUUGUAUCAUGAAAUGAUAACAACUAAGGUCAUUGAUUUGAAAGGCAAAGGCUCCAAAGUAUCUCUCGUAUACGGUCAAAUGAAUGAACCUCCGGGUGCAAGAGCUCGUGUUGCAUUAACUGGUUUAACUGUAGCCGAAUACUUUCGAGAUAAAGAAGGACAAGAUGUAUUGUUAUUUAUUGAUAACAUCUUUCGUUUUACACAAGCCGGUUCCGAAGUAUCAGCUUUACUCGGUCGUAUCCCAUCUGCUGUCGGUUAUCAACCAACAUUGGCAACUGAUAUGGGUACUAUGCAGGAACGUAUCACAACAACGAAAAAAGGAUCCAUCACAUCAGUGCAAGCUAUUUAUGUACCAGCCGAUGAUUUAACUGAUCCUGCACCAGCAACAACAUUUGCUCAUUUAGACGCUACUACUGUAUUAUCACGUGGUAUUGCUG